AUGUGCCACAAUGUAGGAGAUGGGUUACCACAAUGUGACAAUAGGGGCGAAGAAAGAAGAAUAGGGAGCACCUCCACCGAUUUGGUGGUUCAUUGUAGUAGUGGAGUGGCUGGGGUUAUUCUGGCAACCUCUUCACCACUUUGUUUUCUUGUUCCCGUUACUGUCGAUGAAAGGGGAGGAAGGCAGAAAGAAGACGACAACAAGGGGUGUUUGGGUUGCUUGGUGUGUCGUAAAACAGUGGGAGAAAACGGAGGGGGCUGCUGCCCUUGGCUCGCCGGAAACCACCAGCAAACACCUCUGGUGGGGGUUGUUUUUGUUGCACCUCGAAGAUUGGAGACAAAGAAGGGAGUGUGA